UAGUUAACAAAAAAAAAGAUACUGUAGUAGACUCGUGAGUAGAGAAGUAUUUGAAGUGUACUUGAAGAGUGGAUUAACAUUUAAAAUCUAGAGAGAGAUAGAGAUGGAAAGAGCAGUGCAAAAGCCACACCAAUCCACCGCCGAUCUUCUCACCUGGUCGGAGAUCCCUCCGGCCACCAACACUCCCCGCUCCGCCGCUCGCUCUCAUCAGCCGUCCGAAGGAAUUAGCAAGGUGUUGUCAGGUGUUCAGGUCACCAAUGAAGAGACGGAGACUCUUAAUCGAAGCACUUGCAGGAAGCCUUGUUCAGGGCAUAAGUUAAAGGAGGUUACUGGAAAUAAGAUAUUUGCAGAGGAUGGUGAGAAUGGGGAACUAGAAGCAGGCAGUAUGAACUUCAAUGCUAACAACAAAACAUCAGUGCGAAUUGUUCAGCAAGCAGCACACGGCAUUAGUCAGAUUUCCUUCAGUACUGAGGGGGAUGUUUCUCCAAAGAAGCCUACAAGUCUCCCUGAAGUAGCCAAGCAGCGUGAGUUAAGUGGUACGCUAGGUGAGGCAGACAGUAAAAUUAAGAAGCAGUCAUCUGAUGCCAAAUGCAAGGAACUUAGUGGACAUGACAUAUUUGGUCCUCCUCCGGAGAUCCCUGCUCGAAAAUUGACUGCUGCACGCAACUUGGAAGUGAAAGCAAACAGAGACAUGGAAGAACCUGCUCCACCACGAAAUCUUCGCACAUCUGUCAAAGUUUCUAAUCCUGCAGGAGGUCAUAGUAACAUUCUCUUUGGUGACGAACCUGAGACCAAGACAACAAAGAAAAUUCAUAACCAGAAGUUUGCGGAGCUUACUGGCAAUGAUAUCUUCAAGGGAGAUGUUCCUCCGGGAUCUACUGAGAAGUCACUUAGUGUUGCGAAGAUGAAAGAAAUGAGUGGUAGUGAUAUAUUCUCUGAUGGAAAGGCAGAACCUAGAGAGGGCUUGGGUGGUGUACGUCAGCCCCCAGGCGGUGACAGCAGCAUAGCAUUGGUUUAGUUGCCAAGCUGAUAUAAUAUCUAUCACUACUAGCUUACUUAUCUUGUUGAAUUAUCUUUUUUAGUUAAUUUUGAAGCCCCUUUCAUCCUUAAAAGUACAGGCGAUUAUGCUCUGUGCUGUAGCAGAUCUUGUAAUAGAGAGACUUUUAACUUUAAGAUUUAGUUCAUAGCAUGAAAUGGUUAGUUGAGUUGAAUAAUUUGUCUCUAUCGCAUCAUAGAACUGGCCAAUAAUGCUAUAAGUAGCUUAUUACUUGUUGCUCUUUUUA